AUGGCGUCCACCGAGGAUCCCAUCACCCCAAUCGCCCCCGCCGAGGUCGAUGUGGAGAUGGCGCCCCCCGCCACUCCCGUGGAAUCCAGCAUUCUCUCCGGCAGCGAGGAGCCCAUGACCAGCCCGGAUGUGGCCAAGGACAAGGAGAACGCCAAAGCCUCCCCCCUCAAGAAGAGCCCGACGGCCACCACCACCACCCGGCGCCCCGUGUCAGGUACGACCACCACCAAGCGGCCCAUCUCCUUGACCGGUCCGCCCAAGCCUACGUCUACGACGCGUACCUCGACUACCAAUGGCACCACCCUGAACAAGCCGCCCACCCGUCCCGCGACCACCACCACCGUUCGCAAGCCCCUGGGCACCACAACCACCCCCUCCCACCGAUCCCGGGCCUCCGUCAGCAGCUCCGCCGAUGAGAAGUCCCACCGCUCCGUGGCCAGCUCCGGCGACGAGAAGCGCGGCAUCUCGAGCACCGCUGCCAAGCGCAUGUCGCUGGUCGGCACCCCGGCCACCCGCGCCCCGGUGAAGGCCACCGCUGCGGCUCUGGACCGCCGUUCCAGCAUCGCGGGCUCGACCACGGCGGAGAAGCGGACUUCCACCGCACGCCCCAGCACGGCCUCCACCGUGAGACCGCUGACCAAGCCUACCACCGCCCCGUCGACUACUCGUCCGACCACCUCCUCGUCCGCGACCGCACGCACCACCACCCGGCCGACCUCCACCGUUACCCGUCCGGCGACCACCCUCGCCUCCAAGAGACUGAGCGCAACGCCCAAGGGUGCAGAGGAGGAGGUCGAGAAGCUGGUGUCGCUGCAGACCAAGCUCUCCGAAAGCGAGGCCACCGUGGCGAAGCUGAAGGAGGAUCUGGAUACCGUCAACAUUAAAUUGACUGAGCUGUCCCUCGCCCCGAAUGAUUCUGCUCAGGACGUCGACGAGGCAACGAAGGCGAUCCGGGAGCAGCACGCGGCAGAGAUUGAACAGCUGACCGCUAGCCACGAGGAAAAGCUGCAGGCCUUGCAGGUCCAGCUGGCGGAGGCUGAGGUACGGCAUCGGGAGCUGGAGGAGAAGUCUCUCAAGGACCUGGAAGAGGCGGUCAAGUCCGCUGCCUCCCAGGGAGAUGAUGAGACCGCCGCCGCUCUGGAAGAACUGAAGCUGUCGCACCAGGCGCAACUGGAAGCGCACGAGAAGGAAUUGGCGGAGCAAAAAGCUGCGGCUGCUGGUUAUGCCGAGCAGAUAGACUCCUUGAAGGCGGAACUGGAGUUGCAGAAGAGCCAGUUCGCUGAGACCAGCGCCAAUCUGGAAAAGACCGUCUCGCAGCUGGAAGUCCUCCAUCGGGAGCUGAACGGCCGGGACCAGGUGGUUGAGAAUCUGCACAUGGAAAUGGACCGGUUGAACCAGUCCAAGCAGCAGGAGACCCGGGCGGCCGAAGAAGCUGCAAAGCAGGCCAUCCUUGCCCUGGAGGACAAGGUUGCGUCGCUGGAAGCCCAGCUGGAAGACGCCGGCUCAGCCACCAGCCAGAGCAGCGAGGAAACCACCGCUCGCCUGGCCGAGAAGGAUGCGGAGAUCACCGAGCUGAAGAAGGCACUCGACAAGGCACAGGCGGAGCUGGAGCAGGCCCGCGUGGUGGCGGAGAACGAGCUCGGAGAGAAGAUCAAGGAACUCGAGGCCGCUCACGAGGCUCUGGUUGCUCAACUCAAGGCUGAACAUGAAGAGGCGCUCGCCGCGGUCGCUGAAAAGGAACUCGGCGAAAAGGCCCAGGAGCUGGAGGCCGCGCAUGAAGCCGUGAUCGCCAAACUCAAGGCGGAGCACGACGAGGCGCUCACCUUGGCGGCCGACACCGGGCUGAGCGAGAAGGUCAAGGAGCUGGAGGCCGCCCACGAGGCUUCUAUCGCCCAACUCAAGGCCGAACAUGAAGCCGCGCUUUCUUCCGCUGCUGAGACCCAGGUCGGUGAAACGGUUCGGGAGCUCGAGACUGCGCACGAGGCCGCCAUUGCCCAGCUCAAGGCUGAGCACGAGGAGGCGCUGUCUUCUGCUGCUGAGAGCCAGGUUGGCGAGCAGGUUAAGGACCUGGAGUCUGCUCAUGAAACCGCUAUUUCGAAGAUCAGGGCCGAGCACGAGGAGGCGUUUGCCGCGGCUGCGGCUGCUCACGCGCAGGAGCUUGCUGCUGCUAAAGAGAUCGCCGAGUCUGCUGGUGCCACCCACUCCCAGCAACUGCAGGAGCUCCGCGAGAAACUCGAACAAGCGGAAGCCAUUGCGGAAGAGGACCGGGAGGAGUUGAUCGUCGAGCUCGACGCGGCCCACCAGGCCGAGCUGCACGCGCUCCAGCAGCGCCUGGAGGCUACGGAACAGGGUCUCACCGAGGCUCGCCAGGCAGUGGAAGACGGCAGCAACACGGCCCAAGACGUCGCCAUCCAGGAGAUUGAGUCGCUCAAGGAGAAGGUCGGAGCCCUGGAGGCCCAGCUGUCGACGGGACAGGGCGAGAUCAAGUCGCUCCAGGACGAGAUCCAAAGCAAGCAAGGGCAGGCGGAGGCGCUGCAGCAGCACCUGAACGACUUCGAGGACAAGACCAAGGCCAAGGAUGCCGAACAGGAGAGCCAGCUCAAGUCCCUGGAGGAGCAGACUACGGCGGCCGGCCAGGUGCUCGAGGAGAAGAUCAAGGAAGCCGCGGUGGUGGCGCAGCAGCACGCCGAGGCCCUCGAAACCCUCAAGGCCUCGCACGCCGCCGAGCUGGUGGCCGAGCUGGAGAAAGCUAAGACCAAUGCGACUGGCUCGCACGAGCAGGCGCUCAGCGAUCUCCAGGCCAAGGUCGACGCGUCCAUGGCCGCCCACCGCGACCUGGAGGCGAAGCACGCGGAGCAGGUGGAGUCGCUCGAGGCCGAGCUCCGGUCCACCCUGCAGCGCCACGCCGAGGAGGUUGCGCAGCAGAGCGAGACCCGCGCCCAGGAAAUCGCCGAGCUGCAGCGGCAGCACGAAGAGACCAAGGUCCAGUUCCAGGCCGAGCUGCAGGCCAGCCAGACGUCCCGGGCGGCCGAAACGGAUGCCGAGCACAGCCAGGUCAUCGAGCAGCUGCUCACCCUGCAGGAAGAGAAGCUGUCCAACCUGCGGGCGGACCUCGAGUCUGCCAGCCAGACGAAGAUUGCGGAACUCCAGAAGGCGCACGACGCGGUCCUGGUGGAGGUCCACACCCAGCUGGCCGAGGCGCACGCGGCCGCGCAGGACGCCUCCGUCCUGGAGAGCCUGAAGCUCACCAUCGCGGACCUCGAGCAGAAGCUGAACGAAGCCGAGCACGUUGCGGCGGAGUCGAAGGAGCUCGCGGGCAAGCACAACGCGGACCUGUCGACGGUGCUGACGGAGAAGAACGAGUGGGAGCAGAAGCACGAGGCGGCGGCGAGCCGGGCGCAGGAGCUGGAGCGGUCACUGGCGGCGUCGGAGAGCACGCAGGCGGAGCUGGGGAACGUGCUGCAGCAGCUGGCGGUGUCGAAGGAUGAGCUGUCCUACCUGAAGAGCCAGCACGAGACGAUCACAGGCCAGCUGCAGGAGUUCAAGACGCAGAACCGGGCGAUGGAGGAGCGGCUGCUGCAGGGCGAGCGGGACCUGAACAGCCAGAUCGACAAGAACAUGUCGCUGCUGAACCAGCUGGGCGAGGUGGACUCGUCGAUCGCGACCAGCCGGCGGCGGGUGCGCGAGCUGGAGGCGGAGCUGGCGGCGCUGAAGGCGGGUCACCAGGGCUCGACCGGGCUGGAGGGCAGCCGGUGGGCGGGCGAGGACGGUCCCGCGGCCGCGGAAGGUGAGGACCUUGGCUCAUCCAUUCAGGGAACGAUGGCAAGCAUCCAGGAGCAGCUUAAGCACAUCCGGACGACGAACGACGACUGGUACGACGAACACCGCCGAAUCCUAGGCGAACUGGCCGAGAUGUCGCGACGGGCGACGCCGAACCCACCGAGCCAGUCGACGACGCCGCCGCCGGAGGGCAGCGGGACGGAGGUGGUGGAUGAGAGCAGCUCGUGA